AUGUUUCUGCCACAUUUAACCCCGUUGUCACUGCAACAUGAAAAAUCAAGAAAAUUUUCACUAGAGGAAGAAGAAGAAGGAGAGGAGGAGGAGGUGGAGGAGGAAUUGACGACCUAUGACGAAAUUGAACACAAUAAAAAAUUAGAAACAAACUUUCCCUUUCGACAACAGUAUGACAUUGACAAUAAAAAUUCAUUACUUAGCCGUGAAAAACACAUGCAUGUAUCAUCUUUGAGUGGAGACAAUUUUCUUCGACGACAAUUGAAUUAUGAAGAGGAAUAUGGUAACAAUAACAACACAGAACGAGAGGAAAUGGUUACACAAUAUAAUAAUAAUAAUAAAAGCAAUGUUGAUUCAUCAAAAAAUAUACUACUGAAUCAAAACUCGUUUGAAGAUAUUUCUCAAUGUAAUCAGGCAAAAUCAGAUUCCACAGAUAGUCUAUGUUUGGAAGUGGCCAACCAUAAUAAGAAUAACAAUCAUUUUAUAUCUGGCGCCAGCACUCCCCCAGAUACGAUGUAUAACUAUAAUGGACUUCCCAUGGUCUACUCAUCUUUGGAGAAUAAUAAUAAAGUACCUAGAAAACAAUUUAAUUUGCACCUGCAACAAGUCCCACCUCAAUUACAAGUACAACUUCCACAAUCUCAUAAUAUUCAGAGAUCAUUAUUAGCAAAUUCAUCAGCCACCAAUUUGAAUGCUUAUUUACGAGGUAAUCGAAGGUAUUCAUCUUCUGGAAACAGUAAUCCCAUUAAUGAUUUAUUGACGAGUCCAAAAUUCAUCAAAUCCAAUAAGUUUAAUAGUCCUAUCCCUUCAUCAACACCAACCACAACGGCACAGACGUCACCCAUUACCAAUGGCAACCCUGUGAUAGAUCAAAAAAAUAGAUUGGUAGACCAAUUUUACAAUUCUGGGAGAAUUACAUCACCAGGUAGUCGAGUUGAUUUGUCCAACAUGCAUAAAGAAGCUCUGUUGAUUUCUCCAACUCAACAACAAUCAUUUUCAAAAGUAUCAACCCCCAAAUCAGAAAGGAAAUUCAAUUGGAAAGAGGAUUCACUUGAGCCACGAGAUGAAUUGACAGAUUAUUCUCCAACCCCACCAAUAGAGAAGAAUCAUAAUUUGGAUGAUGAAAUAAUGGAUGAUAUUUUAAACAAAGGAGGAUUUAAAUUCAAGUAUGAUCCUAAUCAAUUAGUUCAAGACAAGGAGUUGGUGAAUUAUCUUUUGAACAUUGACAAUAUACUUGAUCAUAAUGAAAAUACCCAUGAUAUUAAAAAUAAAAAAGAUACUUCCUUAAGCGAAUUGAAUAAGGCAAUGUCUAAUUUAUAUGAAACAACUUUACUCAAGUCAAAGAAAAUAUUGACACCACACAAAAAUGAACAUUUUGAUUCAUUGACUGAAUUAAGCCAUUUGGAACGAUAUCUAGAUGAAUUGCAUAAUAGUAUUGAUAGUUUGGGACGGUCAUUGGGUGCUAACAGAGACAAAGUAAGGGGAAGCUAUAAAGAUGAAAUCAAUGAUAAUAUAGCUAGAUUAAAUCAAGUAUCUAAGGAGUUGGAAACUUUGGAAGCUAAAGCAAAUACGUUUAGAGAUCAAAUAAGUCAACAAAAGGCAAAUAAUACCAAUCAAAUGAUGGGUACCAUAGCUAUUCUAACUGAUGUUAAUAAUAAAAUGAAGAAAUAUUCUAUAAUCAAAAGAAAUCGAAUUAUAGUCGAAGUCAACAUCGUGUUAGGGUUGUUGGUGUUAGUUGUUAGUAUUUACUAUGGCUACAAAAAUAAAUAG